GCGUCGAGGGAGGUGGGUGGUGAUUGGGCGGCUCCCAGGAGGUGCCUGGGUGAGUCGCGGGCGCGCGAUCGGGAGUUCCGGCGGGAGGCCUGUACUGAGGGCCUGCACCUUCACUAUGACCUCCACUGAGUUGGACUACACCAUCGAGAUCCCGGAUCAACCCUGCCGGAGUCGGGAGAAUAGCCCCACCCAAGGCAGGAAGGAGGCAAAGCCUUUGGUGAUUCUCCUGGGCUGGGGUGGCUGCACUGACAAGAACCUUGCCAAGUACAGCGCCAUCUACCACAAAAGGGGCUGCAUCGUGAUCCGAUACACAGCCCCAUGGCACAUGGUCUUCUUCUCCGAGUCCCUGGGCAUCCCUUCACUUCGUGCUUUGGCCCAGAAGCUACUUGAGCUCCUCUUUGAUUACGAGGUUGAGAAGGAACCCCUGUUCUUCCACGUCUUCAGUAAUGCUGGCGUCAUGCUCUACCGAUAUGUGCUGGAGCUCCUGCAGACCCACCGGCGCUUCUGCCACCUGCGUGUGGUGGGCACCAUCUUUGACAGCGGUCCUGGCAACAGCAACCUGGUGGGGGCUCUGCGGGCCCUGGCGGUCAUCCUGGAGCACCGGCCUGCUGUGUUGCGCCUGCUGCUCCUGGUGGCCUUCGCCCUGGUGGCCAUUCUGUUCCAUGUUCUACUUGCACCACUCACUGCCCUUUUCCACACCCACUUCUAUGACAGGCUUCUCAAUGCAGCCUCUCGCUGGCCUGAGCUCUACCUCUACUCAAGGGCUGACGAGGUGGUCCUGGCCAGGGAUGUGGAACGCAUGGUGCAGACUCGCCUGGCACAGCAGGUCCUAGUACACUCUGUGGACUUUGUGUCAUCUGCACAUGUCAGCCACCUCCGUGACUACCCUGCUUACUACACGAGCCUCUGUGUCAACUUCAUGCAUAGCUGCAUCCACUGCUGAGGUCCCUGCACACCCACCUCACCUCUGCUCUAGAAAUAAAUGCUUGACACCUCCCUACAACUUA